GUAAAAGAAGGGAAAAACACUUCCUCUCGAUCGAGUGAAGGCAACGCAAGGGAAGUGUUGGCUCCAGGGCGAGCCCAACAACAUGGAGGAGGGAGACGGCGAGGAAGAGGGAGGUGUUGAGAGCUUGUUGAAAUGGGGUUGCGAGGUCGGAGUGUCCGACUCUUUCCCUCCCAAGACGGCGGCGCAGCCUCGUACCGUGUCUUGUCUCGGCCACACCCUCUCCGUCUCCGACUUCCCCGAAGCAGGCGGGAGAGGGUUGGGUGCAGUUCGUGAUGUUAGGAGAGGUGAAAUGGUGUUGAAGGUUCCUAAAUCGUGCUUGUUGACCACGGAGAGGCUCUUGAUGGAUGAUCAAUGUCUCUCUGCUGCUGUCAAGAAUUGUCCCUCUCUCUCCUCCGCUCAGACUUUGACUGUUUGUUUGCUAUAUGAAGUGGGUAAAGGGAAGAAAUCGUGGUGGUACCCUUACUUAAAGAACCUUCCCAGAAGUUACAGCACACUUCCGACUUUCAGGCAGUUUGAGGUGCAAGCUUUCCAGGUGGAUGAUGCGAUUUGGGGGGCCAAGAAGGCCAGAUGGAAAGCCGAGGCAGAAUGGAAAGAAGCUCGUGCACUUAUGGAGGAACUUAAGUUUAAGCCUAUACUUCUAACUUUCCAAAGUUGGCUUUGGGCUUCUGCAACUAUAUCCUCAAGGACAUUGCACGUUCCAUGGGAUGAAGCUGGAUGUUUAUGUCCCGUGGGGGACCUGUUCAACUAUGCUGCGCCUGGAGGGGAUUUGGCAGAAGCAGACAAUAUAACUCUUACAAGUUCCCUGCAAGUUGGAUCUUUGUGCUGUGAGGAAGCUGAAUAUAACUCUAAACUAGAGCAGUUGGACACUCUUCCUCAGCGAUUGACAGAUGGUGGAUUUGAAGAAAAUGUUAACGCAUAUUGCUUCUAUGCUAGACAGCAUUAUGUGAGAGGCGAACAGAUUCUCUUGAGCUAUGGUACAUACACUAAUUUGGAGCUGCUGGAGCAUUAUGGUUUUCUUCUCGACAACAAUCCAAACGACAAGGUAUACAUUCCCAUCGAACCUGGGGUGUCUUCUUGCAGCUCAUGGCCUACAGAAUCUCUGUACAUUAAUCAAGGUGGUGAGCCUUCUUAUGCACUGUUGUCCACGUUGCGACUAUGGGCCAUCCCUUCAAACCAGCGGAGAUCUGUGGGACAUCUGGCAUAUUCAGGGUCUCAACUCUCUCCAGAAAAUGAGAUGCGUGUUAUGCACCUAAUGUUGAAGUGUUGCAAUAAUGUUCUUCAAAACCUGCCCACUACAAUUGAAGAUGACCAACGUCUCCUAUGUAGCCUGAACCAGGUGGAUGGUAUCGAAACCCCUGUGGAGCUUUUUGACGUGUUUUUGAAACUUGGAGCUGAAGGCUGUGCCUUUUUAGAAAGCCUUGGCCUUCAAAGCAUAGCUAAUGUUGCAGAAUCUAUGUCUUGGAAGAUCGAAAGGGCAUUGGAGAGGUGGAAACUAGCAGUUCAGUGGAGGCUGAGGUAUAAGAGAACCCUUGUGGAUUGCAUAACUUAUUGUUCCGAUGUAAUUGACUGUAUUCAGUCUCCGCGUCCCCUCGAAAUGGAAUGUGCUGACUGAUGUUUGAAUCAUUGGACACAAGAUUUCGUUUUAUCCUCUCUUUAUUUUUCCCAGACAAGCUAGGAUACAAGAUACUUCUAGGGAGCAAUAACAGAACUUAUGUUUGUCCUUUUGCACGAGUAAUAUCUUGCAUUAGUAUAGUGAAUGGCAGGAUUUGAUGAA